GCGCAGGCUCGUGAGCUCGCGCACGCGCAACGCCGAGCUUCGACCCGCUUAAGGAGGGAGCGGGUCUGGAACAGGAAGGCCGAGCCUGGCGGAGGCCGGGCGCCGCGGGCGCGGGGAGGGGCCGCGCCGCGCUGCCCUAGGAGAGAAUCAUGUCCGCGACGCGAGCCAAGAAAGUGAAGAUGGCUACCAAGUCUUGCCCCGAGUGCGACCAACAGGUUCCUGUUGCAUGUAAAUCAUGUCCCUGUGGUUACAUAUUUAUUAGCAGAAAACUUUUAAAUGCAAAACACUCAGAGAAAUCACCAUCUUCUACAGAAAACAAGCAUGAGGCCAAGAGGAGGCGAACAGAGAGAGUUAGGAGAGAGAAGAUAAAUUCUACAGUAAAUAAAGAUUUAGAAAACAGAAAGAGGUCUCGAAGUAACAGCCAUUCAGAUCAUAUCAGACGAGGAAGAGGAAGACCUAAAAGUGCAUCUGCCAAAAAACAUGAGGAAGAAAGAGAGAAACAGGAAAAGGAAAUAGACAUCUAUGCUAACCUCUCUGAUGAAAAGGCUUUCGUGUUUUCAGUCGCCUUGGCAGAAAUAAAUAGAAAAAUUAUCAAUCAAAGACUUAUUCUCUGAUUCUGUCUGAAGAAUCUGUUGAAACUUUCUUCAGGAUUGCAUCAGCAAAUUCUCAAAGUGAUGGACUCUCAGGAGCAUUCUGACUACAUCAAUAAAGGGCAUUGAUUGAUUUUUUAUUUAUCAUUUAGCCUGCGCCACACUUUUGGAACAAAGUUGUAUGCUCAGACUGUUCUGGAAUUUCCUUGUUUACCAAGGAAUAUUGUCAUUGUUUUAGGUUGGAAUAUUAGUAGGAGUAUUUAAAAACCAAACCAAACAAAAUGUUGGAUGGGUGGAUGUUAAAAAUAAAAAGGGGUCAGAGUAGGGAUGGAAGUAUGAAAAUGAGGGGAAUGAAAUGGUUGAUAGUUUUCAGGUUUGGCACCAGAGAUGCAAUAUUUUAAAUACUAUGAGACAGAAUGAUGUUUAAAUGUACACAUAUAUGACAGAUUUUCCAUACUAACAGUUGCGUAUAUACAGUUCAUUUACCUUUAAUAAAUUGGCAAUUGAUAUUUUAUUGAAUGGGGAAAUAAGAACAUAAGCUGUAAAUUUGUCCUAAUUGAUUUUUUUCCUUGGCCAUUUUUAUGACAUGAGGUAUGAGUUAUAUUUUUAGAUAUACUUUCUAAACAGUUUGGAAGUUUGGGUGCUAUAUGAAGAAAAACAUUUAAGGAUAUAUCAUACUUCAGAUGUCGACAUCUUGUUUUAUUGAAUGUAAUUUAUUUAUUGGUUACAAAAACUUUUUUCCUCUCAGAAUGGUGCCUGUUAACCUAAACUUAGAAUAUAUUUAUUACAUGGAAAAUAUUUCUUAGCCACUUUUAAGCAGUAAUGUUUUAUUUGAGCGGAUGUUCAUUUAUACAUCCUGAUAAUUAUUUAAACUGUUACUUAACCUCACUGAAAGAAAAAAAAUAAAGCUUAAUAUUGAAACUAAGUAGACUAAAUAUUGUGACAUAAGCAUUUUGUCCUAGUGAAGUUCCUGAAAUAUAUUUCAGUUCUCAGUUUUUCUAAUGCUAAGUCACGACCAUCUGUGGUUGAUGUGUAGUAAGUGAUUUUACAUUUUGGUAUACCAAUUUCAUGGUUAAUGUGUUUAGAUUUGGCAGAAAUUUCCCUUAUCAUUCCCCUUUUCAUUCCCUCCUCUACCAAUUUGAAGUCCCUAAAUCAUAUUAGGAGUCAGCACUUAGACUUCACCUCUAUAGGUAUAUACAAUCUCUCUUCUUUUUAAGAAAAGCAUAUAUUUAUUUUUAGUUGACACAUAAUAAUUGUACAUUAUGGAGCACAGGGUAGUUGGCAUAUCUGUCACCUCAAACAUUUGUUAUAUUUCUUUGUGUUGUAAACAGAGGUCUUCUAUAGUAGCUGUUUUGAAGUAUACAAUUAUUAUCAACCAUAAUUGCCUUUCAAUUUCAACAGUAGCACUGUCAGCUUCAUCUUUUUAUCUUGCAUCUCCCAUCACCUCCCAAAAGAAAAUAGGUCUGCUCCCCCCCCCUUUAUUUAAAUUGGCAGAGGGAGCCUAAGAGAUAGUCUACAUAGAAUGUAGAAUUUUCCUAAGAAACCUUUUAAUCUUUGUGUCUACCUGCAAGUACUGCUGGAGUUACCUUGUAUUUAUUUCAGACUCCUAGUAAUAAAGUUUUCCCAUGAUUGUAAUAUGAUUUUAUUUUUGAAGUAUGGAAAUACUAUAGGAAAACUUCUGAUUUUGAGUGAGAAAUCUUAAACAGUAAUAUCUAAGUGUCUUUUGGAACAUACUGUAUAUGUCCUCAGAAGAAAGGAAGAAUAGCCAGUGGAAUAGGUGUCACAGUCUGUCCAUUUAAAGAUGAAGAUCAUUAGAGGAAAGUAAUAUAUGUUAAAAUAUUCACUAGAUACAGUGAAGGAGAUACUGACCUGGGCUUACCAUAUGGAAAGUAUUUUACUUCAAAUGGUCACAGUGUUAAAUUGUUUGGCGGAGGUACAAAUUAGGUUUUCCAUGUUCAUGACAUAUGUCAUUUAACCAGUUUCUUUAAAACCUGUCUUCUCUGGUAGAUAAAAUUUAAAAUUUUCUUAUUACAAAAAGCUAAAAAAUUUGUUUAGAUGUGUUGUAAGAGUUCCAGAAAAUAAAACUUUGUUACUAGUAUUGAGGAAACCUCUGUUGGUCAGUGAAUGUCCUAAGAGUCUAAUUACAGUUCUUUAAAUACUUGACCCAAAAUUUGUUCUGCUGUAGGGUCUGGGAAUAUAGCUUAGUGACAUCAGUGCCUGCCUGGCAAACAAAGAUCCUGAGUUUGAUUCCUGGUACCAACAUUUGUUCUAAUCUUUGUAAAUUAUAUGAUUAUACAAUAUGUCCUGAAAUUGUCCUGUGAUUAGAUUAGGUCUGUUGAUAUAUUUGGCUUUUUGUUUUUCUUGUUUUUUUGGUUUGUUUUUGUUUUUUUAGAGGAGUCUCACUAUAUAUAUAGUUCAUGUAGUUCAGGCUGAUCUCAAACUCAGUGAUCCUCCUGCCUCAGUUUUGAAAUAUGAAUAAGAUGACAUAAAAGUAAUUUGAGAAAACUUGGAACAUAGAGUAAACGACAGAUUUGUAUUUUAAAAUUUCUUCCUUUCCAGCUGGGGAUUUAGCUCAGCGGCGUAAGUGUCUGCCUGGCAAGCAUGAAGUCGUGAGUUCACAACUGGUGAAUCCUGGUACCAAAAAAAUCCCUGGUACCAAAAAAAAAAAAAAAAUUUCUUCCUUCCCACCAACUCCAUGCUAUUACAACAUAUUUUGAGGAACAUUUUAGCAAUUUAGUGCUUGAGGUUUGAUUUUGUUGUUCAUUAGUUUCAUACAUGAACUGUAAAAAGUAUUUUUAUGUGCGAGGAGUCCUUGGGUGAUACUUAAAUAUAAAUUAUCUAAAAGCAAGGAAAAUAGUACAAACUAUUUCUAAUGUAGCAUCAGUGGAAAUGAUCAAACAGCUUGAGAUUUAUAGUCAGAUGACAAAAAAAUUACAGAGCUGGGAAUGGCUUAGUGGAAGAGUGCUUUUAUCUUUUUUGUUAGUGCAUGUUUACUAUAUAUAAUAAAAACCUUUAUUGUGGGGAACUGCUUCAUGUACAUAUUGCAUCUUGAUCCUUGUUACUUCCCUUUGUCCCCUCCUGUAGCCCCCAGCCUCCAGUAAGAGUACUUGCCUAGCAUGUGUGAGCCCUUGGGUUCAGGUGCCCAGCACCACCACCCCCUCAAAAAUUCAAAAUGUAGUCUGAGUAAAAUCACUUCAAUUUCAGGAAACACACCCGUUUUACAUCCAGAAAAUAAUUACAUAAGUGUUUUCCUAAGAAUUCAAAUUAAGUAUUUUGAUUCCUAAAGUCUAAUGAUUUCCCUUGACACUUUAAAUGUUAUGGUAAAAAUGAAUUCACAAUGUAUUUUGACUUCCAUCUUAACCUGUGUGUUUAUCUUUUACAUUUAGAUAUGUUAAGUGAUAUAUUUAAUAUAGAUGUGUUAAUUACAUUUAAUUCUUUGCAAAUACAACCUAAAUACAGGAAGUUACAAUGUCUGUUCAUCCUCCCUGAUGCUGGAGGUUGACCUCAAAGCCUCAUGCAUGCUAAGAAUGUGCUGUACCAUUUAGCUAUGUAUCCCCAGCACUUUAUCCAUUUUUAAGGGAUUUUGGAGUUUUUUGUGUAUUGAGUUGUAGUUCUUCUAGUUAUUAACUCGAUUUCCAAAUAUAUGACUUGCAAAUAUCUUCUUCCA